AUGACGAUGAGCCGGACGAGCGAACGACUAGUGCUUCCUCUCGGUCCAGUCGACCUACGAGCAACUCAAACCGAGGCGCCAACUCCACAAAUUCACAAAACGAACGCCGUAGGCAAGAAGGGCAGGAAAGCGGCAAUUCAAGAAGCCAAGAAACACGGAGAACCGAACAAAACGACAGGCAGACAAACCGCAGACAGCGCUCCUCAUCAGAAGGUGAAGAUUCUUCUGCAAAGGACAGAGACAGCUCUAGAAAUGGAGGAGGCUCGCGCCAGAGGCAGCCUCAAAGAAGCAGACAGAGGCCAGCUGCUGCAGAUGAGGAUGAAGAUGAUGAGGCAGCCUCAAAGAAGCAGACAGAGGCCAGCUGCUGCAGAUGAGGAUGAAGAUGAUGAGGAGAAAACUGAGACAAAUGAAGAGAACAGCGGCGACCAAAGCAGUUCGAGAAAACCACAACAACGAGCAAGAGAGGCAUCACGUUCACCCCAGGGAGACGCAGAGAAAGAAGACGAAGAAAGCGACCGCUCACGAAGCAGAGGAAAUGCAGCAGGCGGGCGGCAAAGAGGAGGCCAGCAGCGCCGCGGCCGAACUGAGGAGACGAACGAAUCAGCAGAAGGUGAAGAUUCCGAUGCUAAAUACAAAGAGAGAAGCCCUGGAAAUGUAGACGCUUCGCGCCAAAGGCAGCCUCAGUCACGUAGACAGCGAUCCACUGCUUCAGACGCGAGUGCUGAGGAUGAUAAAAGAGGUAGCAGCUUGACGGGUCAGACCGAGAGAGCGGAAGAGAGCAGACAGCCUCGUCAGCAGGCACAGCGCACACGACAGGCACCACGCUCGCCCCAAGCAGAUGCACGAAAGGAGAAAGACGAGGAGGAAGAAGACGAAGACAAUGAGAGUUCACGAAGCAGAGGAAAUGCAUCUGGCGGCCAACAGAGAGGAGGACAGCAGCGCCGCAACCGACCGGCUAAUACCAGCAGCUCAGGCGGUGCUGAAGAUUCCGAUGAAAAGGACGCAGGGGAUUCUAGAGGCAGAGAAGGAGGUUCGCGCCAAAGGCAGUCUCAGAGGAGCAGAGAGCGACCCGCAGGUGCAGAAGCGACAGAGAAUGAUGAGGAAAGAACUGGAAACUUGACCUCACGAAGCAGAGGAAAUGCAGCAGGCGGGCGGCAAAGAGGAGGCCAGCAGCGCCGCGGCCGAACUGAUGAGACGAACGAAUCAGCAGAAGGUGAAGAUUCCGAUGCUAAAUACAAAGAGAGAGGCCCUGGGAAUGUAGACGCUUCGCGCCAAAGGCAGCCUCAGUCACGUAGACAGCGAUCCACUGCUUCAGAAGCGAGUGCUGAGGACGAGAAAAGAGGUAGCAGCUUGACGGGUCAGACCGAGAGAGCGGAAGAGAGCAGACGGCCUCGUCAGCAGGCACAACGCACACGACAGGCACAACGCUCGCCCCAAGCAGAUGCACGAAAGGAGAAGGACGAGGAGGAAGAAGAUGAAGACAAUGAGAGCUCACGAAGCAGAGGAAAUGCAGCAAGCAGCCAACAGAGAGGAGGACAGCAGCGCCGCAACCGACCAGCUGACACCAGCAGCUCAGGCGGUGCUGAAGAUUCCGAUGAAAAGGACGCAGGGGGUUCUAGAGGCAGAGAAGGAGGUUCGCGCCAAAGGCAGUCUCAGAGGAGCAGAGAGCGAUCCGCAGGUGCAGAAGCGACAGAGAAUGAUGAGGAAAGAACUGGAAACUUGACGGGUCAGACUGAUAGGGCGGAAGACGGCAGGCGUUCUCGACAGCAGGCACAGCGCUCACGACAGGCAUCACGCGCACCGGCUGAAGCUGCAGAAGAGGAGCAGGAAGAGGAGGAGGAAGACGAAGACAACGAGAGCUCACGAAGCAGAGGAAAUGCAUCUGGCGGCCAACAGAGAGGAGGACAGCAGCGCCGCAACCGAUCGGCUGACACCAGCAGCUCGGGCGGUACUGACGAUUUAGAUGAUAAGGACGGAGGGGGUUCUAGAAACAGAGAAGAAGGCUCGCGCCAGAGGCAGUCUCAGAGGAGCAGAGAGCGAUCCGCCGGUGCGGAAGCGAUAGAUGACGAAGAGAAGCGAACCGGCAACUUGACGGGUCGGGCGGAGAAGGCGGAAGAGGGCAGGUCUCGUCAGCAGGCACAGCGCACACGACAGGCACCACGCUCGCCCCCGGCAGCUGCAGGAACGCAGGAGGAGGAGGAGGACGAGGAGGGAGAAGAUGAAGACAAUGAAAGCUCACGAAGCAGAGGAAGCGCAGCAGGCAGCCAACAGAGAGGAGGACAGCAGCGCCGCAACCGACCGGCUAAUACCAGCAGCUCAGGCGGUGCUGAAGAUUCCGAUGAAAAGGACGCAGGGGGUUCUAGAGGCAGAGAAGAAGGUUCGCGCCAGAGGCAGUCUCAGAGGAGCAGAGGGCGAUCCGGUGCGGAAGCGACAGAUAACGAUGAGGAGAGAACCGGCAACUUGACGAAGACGGCAGGCGGUCUCGUCAGCAGGCACAGCGCUCACGACAGGCAUCACGCGCACCGGAGGAAGCUACAGAAAAGGAGGAGGAGGAGGAGGAUGAGGAGGGGGAGGAUGAAAAAGGAGGAGACGAAGAAGAAGACCAAGGCCGAGAGAGUUCACGAAGGAGAGGAAAUGCAGCAGGCAGUCAGCAGAGAGGAGGACAGCAGCGCCGCAACACACCUUCGGGGGCGGUCUCGUCAGCAGGCACAGCGCUCACGACAGGCAUCACGCGCACCGGAGGAAGCUGCAGAAAAGGAGGAGGAGGAGGAGGAGGAUGAGGAGGGGGAGGAGGAAAAAGGAGGAGACGAAGAAGAAGACCAAGGCCGAGAGAGUUCACGAAAGAGAGGAAAUGCAGCAGGCAGUCAGCAGAGAGGAGGACAGCAGCGCCGCAACACACCUUCGGGGGUCAGCGCCUCAGUAAGUGACGAGGAGUCCGAUGAUAAGGACAAGGGGGGUUCAAGAAGCAGAGAAGAAGGUUCACGCCAGAGGCAGCCUCAGAGGAGCAGAGAGCGUUCCGCAGGUGCAGAGGCAAUAGAUAAUGAUGAGGAGAGAACUGGCAACUUGACGGGUCGGACUGAAACAGGUGAGGAGAGCGGACGGCCCCGUCAGCAGGCACAGCGCGGAAGACAGGCAUCACGUACAUCCAGGGAGUCUACGGGAAAGGAGAAGGUGGACGACGAAGAGGAAGAAGAAGAAAACAGCUCACGAAGCAGAGGACGUGCAGCACAAGGCCAGCAGAGAGGAGGACAGCAGCGCCGCAACCGACCGGCUGACACCCGCAGUUCGGGUGGUACUGAAGAUCCCGAUGAAAAGGACGGAGGGGGUUCUAGAAACAGAGAAGGAGGCUCGCGCCAGAGGCAACCUCAGAGGAGCAGAGAGAGAUCCGCAGGAGCGGAAGCGACAGAUAACGAUGAGGAAAGAACUGGAAACUUGACGGGUCAGACUGAAACAGGUGAGGAGAGCCGACGGCCUCGUCAACAGGCACAGCGAGGCCGAGAGGUACCACGUACACCACGGGAAGCUGUAGAAAAGGAGGAGCAGGAUGAGGAGGACGAAGAAGAAAGCGACAGCCCCCGGAGCAGAGGAAGUGCAGCACAGGGCCAGCAGCGAGGAGGACAGCAGCGCCGAACCCGACCUGCUGAUGUCAGCACCUCCAUAAGUGUUGAAGAUUCUGAUGAUAAGGAACAAGGGGGCGCGAGAAAUAGAGAAGGAGGUUUGCGUCAGAGGCAGGCUCAAUCGCAUAGACAGCGACUCGCUGGUGCAGAUGCAAUAGAAAAUGAUGAAGAGAGAACCGGCAACUUGACGGGUAGGACGGAGAGAGCGGAAGAGAGCAGGCGAUCUUGGCAGCAAGCACAGCGAGCAAGAGAGGUAUCACGUACACCCCAGGAAGCUGCAGAGAAGGAGGAGGUGGAGGAGGAGGAAGAGGACGAAGAGGAAAAAGAAGAACGCGACAGCUCACGAAGCAAAGCAAAUGCAGCAGCGGGCCAGCGGAGAGGAGGGCAGCCGCGCCUCAAUCGACCGGCUGACGCCAGCACGUCAGUAGGUGACGAUGAAUCUGAUGAUAAGGACCGAGGGGGCUCUAUAAGCAAAGAGGAAGCUCCGCGCCAGAGGCAGCCUCAAAGGAGCAGAGAGCGAUCCACUGGUGCAGAAGCGACAGAUUACAACAAGGAGAGAACUGGCAACUUGACGGGUGCAGAGGCAAUAGAUAAUGAUGAGGAGAGAACUGGCAACUUGACGGGUCGGACUGAAACAGAUGAGGAGAGCCGGCGGCCUCGUCAGCAGGCACAACGUGCAAGACAGGCAUCACGUACAUCCACGGAGUCUACAGAAAAGGAGAAGGUGGACGACGAAGAGGAAGAAGAAGAACACAGCUCACGAAGCAGAGGAAGUGCAGCACAAGGCCUGCAGAGAGGAGGACAGCAGCGCCGCAACCGACCGGCUGACACCAGCAGCUCGGCUGGUACUGAAGAUUCCGAUGAAAAGGACGGAGGCGGUUCUAGAAACAGAGAAGGAGGUUCGCGCCAGAGGCAACCACAAAGGAGCAGAGAGCGAUCCGCAGGUGCGGACGCGACAGAUAAUGAUGAGGAAAGAACUGGAAACUUGACGGGUCAGACUGAAACAGGUGACGAGAGCCGACGGCCUCGUCAACAGGCACAGCGGGGCCGAGAGGUACCACGUACACCCCGGGAAGCUGUAGAAAAGGAGGAGGAGGAUGAGGAAGACGAAGAGGAAAGCGACAGCCCGCGAAGCAGAGGAAGUGCAUCACAGGGCCAGCAACGAGGAGGACAGCAGCGCCGAACCCGACCUGCUGAUGUCAGCACCUCCAUAAGUGUUGAAGAUUCUGAUGAUAAGGAACAAGGGGGCCAGAGAAAUAGAGAAGGCGGUUUGCGUCAGAGGCAGCCUCAAUCGCAUAGACAGCGACCCGCUGGUGCAGAUGCAAUAGAAAAUGAUGAAGAGAGAACCGGCAACUUGACGGGUCGGACGGAGAGAGCGGAAGAGAGCAGGCGAUCUCGGCAGCAAGCGCAGCGAGCAAGAGAGGUAUCACGUACACCCCAGGGAGCUGCAGAAAAAGAGGAGGUAGAGGAGGAGGAAGAGGACGAAGAGGAAAAAGAAGAAGGCGACAGCUCACGAAGCAAAGCAAAUGCAGCAGGGGGCCAGCGGAGAGGAGGGCAGCAGCGCCUCGAUCGACCGGCUGACGCCAGCACCUCAGUAGGUGACGAUGAAUCUGAUGAUAAGGACCGAGGGGGCUCUAGAAACAAAGAGGAAGCUCCGCGCCAGAGGCAGCCUCAAAGGAGCAGAGAGCGAUCCGCUGGUGCAGAAGCGGCAGAUUAUAACAAGGAGAGAACUGGCAACUUGACGGGUCAGACUGAGAGGGCGGAAGAGAGCAGCAACACGCAAAGCAGUUCAAAAGGGCAGCAGCGUGCAAUAGAGGCAUCACGCUUACCCCAGGGUGACGCAGAGCAAGAAAACGAAGAAAGGAAUAGCCCGCGAAAUACAAUAAAUGCAACAGGUGGGCGGCAGAGAGGAAGCCAGCAACGCCGCGGCCGGCCUGACGAUACGAAAGCAACAGCAGAAGAGGAAGAUUCUGAUGAUAGAAAGAGGGAUAUAGAGGAAGUCUCGGGCCAGCGGCAGACUCAACUACGCAGACAAAGACCAGUUGUUGUAGAGAAUAGUGCUGAUGAUGAGGAAAGAACUGGAAACUUGACGGGUCACACUGAGAGAGCGCGCGAGAGCAGACGGCCACGCCAACAGGCACAGCGAGCACAAGAGGCGCCAAAUGCACCCCAAGAUGUUGAAGAGGACUCGGCAGAGGGAGAAGAAAGAGAAAAAGAGGAAGAAGGAGAGGAAGAAGAGGAGGAAGAAGAAGACAACAACAGCUCACAAAAUAGAGAAAGUGCAGCAGGCGGCCAGCAGAGAGGAGGCCUGCCGCGCCGCAGCCAAUCUGCUGAAACGAGAAGGUCUUCAGAAGGUGAAGAUGCUGAUGAUAAGGAUAGACAGCGCUCUAGAAAUAGAGAAGAUUCGCGCCUGAGGCAGCCUCAAGGACGCAGGCAGCGACCGGCUGUUGCAGAAGAGGGUGAUGAUGAUGAUGAGAGAACUGGUAACGUAACGCAUCGGACUGAGACAGCGGCAGGGAGUAUCGGCAGACACAGCAGUUCAAGAAGGACACAACAGCAGGAACAGGAUACAAGAGAGGCGUCACGUACACCCGCGGUUGACCCAGAGGAAGAAGAAGACGAAGACGACGACGAAGAAAAAGAACAGGAAGAAAGAGACCGAAAAGGAGGAGAAGAAGACGAAGAAGAAGAGGAAGAAGAACCAGACGAAGAAGAGGAGCAAGAACACGAACAAGAAGAAGAUGAAAAUAGACGAGAAGAAGGACCAGAAGAAGAACACGAAGAAGAACGAGAAGACGAAGAAUACGAAGAAGACGAGCAAGAAGAAGGCGAAGAAGAGGAAGAAGAAGAAGAGACGGGAAGGAAAAGACAAACGGAUAAAGGAAAGCAAAAAGAAGUUGAAGACGGAGAUGCAGAAGAAGAAGAAGACGAAAAGGAGGAACCAGAAGGACGCGGAGCAGAAGAAGACGAAGAAGAGGAGACCGGAAAAGAAGAAAAUAAACAAGGAAAAGAGGACAAAGAAAAACACCGAGAGGAAGAAGAACAACAAAACGCAAAAGCACAAGAAAAGGAAGAGGAAGAAAAGAGAGACAAAGAAGAAGAAAAAGAAAAGGAAAAACCAGAAGAAAGCGGUAUCAUGGGGAAUACAAGAAAUACAAUAGGCAGGCGGCAAAGAGGAAGACAACAGCGAGCCCGCAGCCGACGCCUUGCAUCCUCUGUUCCGGUUGUUGGUGAUAGUAUUAUGUUUUCAAGCAAUGCAAGUAAAGCAGAAGCAGCAUCAAAAGGUAAUAUUAAUGUCGUCACAAGAAAUAACGGGAAAACAACGCAAACGUCCCGGGUUCCUGUUGCUGCUGAUGCUGCCGCCAUCACUACCAGCAACAUGAACAAGAACAAUAACAAGACCGACAGCAACAACGAGAAGAACAACAACAACAACGAGAAUAAGAACAAAAUGAGUACUUUUUCUCCUCGUCGUCUCAGAGGAUCAAAGCUACCUUAUGCAUAUUUUAUAAUGGGUGUAAACCAAUGGCGUCACAUCAACGACCCUGUUCAUCAGCUGAAGAUGGAUACUGCAACAUCUCGAGCAGCAGAGAAAGCAGCAGCAAAAGCCAAGGGGCCCAUACCCCGGGAAAAGGGUUAUUUAGAUCCAACUACUGGUUUAUUCGGUAUACCCACACCUAUGGGGCCCCAGACGUACAGAUAUGAUUUAAAAGAUCAUCAGAAGAAACCACUUGUUUCUCCUGUAGAAAUACGCCAGCUAGAUAUGUGUUACCGACAAGAAAAACGAAAACCUCUCGUGCAGUGCCCAGAAGGAUUUACUGCUAAUAAAGAAGGCGGGUGUUACAUGGAGGUGGCGCCAGCAUUCACGUGCCUUGGUGGGUAUUUCUACGAAAAUGGGCAGUGCGUUCAGCACAGAGAACUCGAUCUCGUCGUUCCAGCUGACAAGAAGUCAGGUGGAAAGGGAAAGCAUAUGCUCAAGCACUGA